AUGCUCGCGCUGGACCCUGCCUCCUCACAGACGUUCCUGUUCCGGCCUCAGGACGGCGAGAGGAUCCGGCUGCCGCCUUUGGAGGAGGCGCUCCCGCUGCGCUGCAAGUGCUUGCUCUCCGACAAUCCCAUUGCGAAGCCAGGCUGCGCCGUCGUGGUCUUCGAUCUCGACGACAGCAAGAUGUGGACGUGCAACAUUGGGGCGAGCAAGUGGGAAAUCCACCGCUACCAGCUCACCAUGUUCCUCGACGGCGACGUACCCCGGGAGAAGAACAUGGCCAAGUGCCAUGGCAUGGCAGCCGUCGGCGGCAAGAUUUACUACGAGAUAACCGCCGAUGAAUUAGGGUUCAUCCGUUUUAACUGUGAUGGUAGUCCAGAACUCGACACCAUAGCUGUCGACAUGGUCGAUCUGCCGCUGAGCAUGCCGAUGGCGACAACCUACCUGGUUGAAUCCUGUGGCGAGCUCUUCCUCGUCGUCAUCUUCUUCGAUGGCGACAAUGUGCACAAGGUAGCGGAGCAUGCGGUUUACAAGAUGGACUUCUCGAGACCGGCGUGGUGCAAGGUGGACAGCAUUGGUGAUGAUAGAGCGUUCCUUCUUGGUGGAGAUAGGAUUGGGAUCUCCAAUUUCGGGGCGUCGUGCUCGACUGCUCAUCACGAUGGUGGUGGUCUGCGAGGCAACUGCAUGUAUUUUCUGAAUCACAUGGCCAUCACUGAGAACUUUCUGCAUGUCAUCGACGUGGGCAACGGGACUGAACAGGUGCAACGGCCUUUCAGGCACAAGGGUUAUAUGAUGCCAGUUCGACCGCCGUUCUGGUUGGUACCUACGGAAUGUACCCCAGGAAAUAGACAACAUAUACAAAAUUGA